CCGGGCCGUGCGAGGGAAGGAGCUGCCCCGCGGAACGCCCCGGGAGCCCGGCCCGCCGCCCGCCGCCGCCACCGGCCGCUGCCCCGGGGCGGGCCCACCCCGCAGGCCGGCCCGGCGGAGGCGGUGCGGGCCGCGGCUGCUCCUUCCCCUCCGCCCGCGGCCUCUCCGCCGUGAGCCGCUACGAAAUGCGUUACCCGCCCUUCUUCGGCACCAGCGCUGCGCUUCCCAUUUCCAGACCAGUAUGUUAUUUAGCCGAUUUAUUGUCCUUUUCCUCAAGGCAGACAAGGCCCGUUACAGCCGUUUGACGGGAACCGAAGGCACGUGAGGUUACCCUGUGUGGCAGCUGUUCUUGGUUGCGUUGGGACCGCCUUGUAUAAGGAAAACCGGUAGAUAAGCACUUGACCUGGGAUAUAUGUGCAGGUAAGGCUGCGCAGAGGUCUGCUUGUGACUCCAGGAGUUACAAUCUCAAUGCUGCUUCUCCAGUUACUGCUACUUCCUUGAGAAUUUCUGUCCUGUCUGGGAAAGCUGGCCUCCUUCUGCUUCAUUCUGUUUGGGUGUUUCCAUGGAAGGGUCAAUGCAAUCCAAGAAGGUAAGAGCUGCACUAGCCAUGGACCUGGGGUAGAGCACACAGUUGCGCACGGGCUGCGUUAGGUUUGUGCAUGCUUUGUAGUCUUCAUUCUGAGACUUUGAUUGGGGAUUACAUUUCUGACUGGGUAGCUAACAUCCAGAAUUCUCUAUGCAGAUAACUUGAGUCUUACCUUUACAACCAGACUAAACAGCAACGUGGGAAGAGGACAGAUGCAGUAGGUCAUGCUAACGUAGGAGUUAAACCCCCUUUAUAUGCUGGUGUAUUCGGUCCGUGCCUAAGCCUAAGUAUAGUGAAAAGAGAAAGGGACUGAAGAAAAGAAGAUGGAAGUGGGAGCUGAGAUCAUUCGUUGACAUACCACGUCUCAGGUCAGUAGUGUUGCGUAUGCUCCUGCAGCACUUCUGGGCUGGUUCAGCCAUCCCACACUGCUGAACUGUGAGACACCAUUGCCAACAAGCUGUACGUGUGUUUCGUUGUAUCUUACGGCUCAGCUCUGUCCUGUCAGCAUGGCUGAGUGGCAACAGACUGCUUUGUCUGCCGUAACCCCUUUCCUGGAGCCGUUCCAAGCAUCUGAUCAGUUACAGGUAUACAAAGAUCAGGUAUUUAAACUUAAUACUAUAAGGACAUGAACAAUUUCCAAGCAUUUGUUCUCAAAAGAAGACUGGGUUUGAAAGAGGAAGCGGGAGAGAAGAAAGAAAAGAUUUCUUUGACUUUGUCAGAAUUCUUGUUCCAAAACUUGUAGGCUGAAUCAAGAUUUGGUUUUCUUUCUUAUUACUCUACUCUGGUAAUAAAUGAAACUAAUUUCCCCAACUCAAGUCUGCUUUGCCCAUGACAGUAAUCGGCGAGUAACCUCUCCCUGUCCGUAUCUUGACCAUGAGUCUUUUCUAUAUUUUUUCUCCCCUGUCCAGCUGAGAAGGGGAGUGACAGAGUGGCUUUGGUGGCCACCUGGCAUCCAGCCAGAGUCAACCCAUCACAGGUUCCAAACUCCUCCUGUUCAUUGUUUCCCUUUCCCAGUGUCUCUUUCAUGCCCACACGCUUUGUACCUGCAGUCGGUACUGUUCGUGAGUGCUGCGCUUUGCCAGCUUCUGGCAGAAAGAUCCGGGGUUAACUAACUCUUCUGUUAAUCCCUUGUCCCAUAAGGAUUUCACAACUGACCAUUGUUUCUGGUCUGGGAAAGAUAUCCCGCAACUUUGGCCAGUAAUGUUGGAUGCUAUGCAGAGGCACAGUACGCCAGAACCAUUUCAUAUUAAGAGCAUAACUACUUCAAGCAGAAUUCAGAAGCUGUAUAUGGGCAGGACCCCCACUUCAUUUUAUCACAACUAUAAAUAUGUCCAUCCCUAUCUGUCAGGAAAGAUACUCUGGUGAAUGUAAGAGAGGGACUGAAGUCGGCAGGAAUGUGUUUAUAUUAGUAUCUAACAAUCAGAAGCAAAACGUUUGAAAUUUUGAAACAAUCAGAAAGCAAAAUGUUUAAUUUUCUAUACAGAAACAUCUAUUGCUGAUUAGAUCUGAAACCAGAGAGUUAUUUCAAAUCUUAGAAUUUGCCAGAAAGCAGAAGUGUGGCACCAGUCUGUCUAGUUACUUAUUUAUAAACUCUGCUGCAAACCCAGUGUAGCUUAGGUUAGAUGAAUGUAAAACAGCCUCUGUUCAGUUAGCUGGACUCUGGAUAUAAACAUAUAGAAGCUGACUUAAAUAUAUUUUCAAAACGUUCAGAAGAAAAGUCAUACACUGAUGAGGAAAGCAGUGUGCAUAUCCUUUUUUAAGUUAAAUCAGUGCAAUUUUAUACACAAAUCCAUCUCAAAACAGAAAAAACCAAUAAGGGACAAGUAAGAUGGUCUUUGUCUCUUCAGUGCCUUAUGUUUUUGGGUACAGAGGGGAGAAACGAGGACUAUCUUCUAUGUGUUGAACUUACAGACAAAAAAUACACCCUGAAGUUGGUUAAUCCCAUCUUCCUUCCCUUUCUCUGUGGAGCUUUUGUGCUACUUGUGACAACUAGUGGCAUCUCACUGAAAGACAGCAGAGUAACAGCAGCACUCACGCAGCUCCAGGUGAGCUCUCCUGUCUCACUGCCCAAACAGCAAGACCCUUAGCUAUGGAGCUAAGGGGGAAAAAACCUACCAGCUUGGCAGUAGCAUUAAUGUUUAUCCCUUAGUCCUAAAGCAGGCUUGCGGCAAUUCGAAAUUAGAUUCUCACACACUUAUCAAAAGAUGCUGCUACCUUUAUUAUAUAUAUACCCUACUCAUCUGUGAUUCAGUGACCUACAGAAAAUGGCCUGGAUUUUUUGUGAAAAUCAGCAUCGGCAAAACAAAAUUUUUUUCUUUGGUGCAGAAGAUGAAAAAUUUACCAGCUUUACCUUUUUAUCCACCAGCCACACCCCAAACACGUAAACGACCGGUAUUCUUGGUCAGAGAACUUCAUCCUUGUGGAAUUAUUUCAAGGGAUCUGUGUUCCUGAUGGGCACACAACUCCUCUGGUGGCCUGUCAUCAUCUAGGAAAAAACUUCUUAAGAGGGUAUCACAGUCACUGCAAUAGAUCAUUGAAAAUAUUUUUGAAGUUUUUAAGUCUUAUUGAUGAUUAUAUCAGACAUCUUCUCUAGAGUCCACCCAGAUAACCAGCGUCUCUGCAGCCCAGUUCCCCAAAACCUAUGGCUGACAGUGGGGAACCAUUUAGGCCCACUUCUCAUUGUUGUAAGCACAUAUGGAACACGUCUGUUCACUUCCACUGGCAUGUGCUGGUUCAUGUUUGACCUAAGGUUAUGUGGGGGAAGCAUGGGAGGCUGCCGAAGAGAGUAAGCAUGUACGGAAUGCUGCACAAAACCACUUUGGAGACUGACAUUUUCCUUUCAGAUCACUCUUUUAAAAUAGCAAGCAAAUACCGUUGGCCAUUAGUAAGGAGAAAAAUAGGUUAUCUGACUUGUUCUUCAUCUCUGUGGACUCCGGUACAUUUUUGUUGGGGGUAUGGAAAGGAGAAUGGCAAGGGAUUUCUAACUCUCCAUGGGAGAGCUGUUACUCUUAAAUUCUUUCGGGGCUUGUGUACGUCAGAAAGGAGACAGCCCUAGCUCUCCUGCUCAGCCGUACUUCGGGCCCUGCUUUCUGACAGUUUCUGCAGACGUCCUGAGGUGUACACAACUGCGCUGAGAUGGACAGGCACUACUACAACAUCCACUCUCAGGUACUGUCAGGUCCCUUUGGGUUUUUUGCUGUGCUAAUGAAGGUUUCUAGGCGAUUUAAAACCAAGUUAACAAAACCCGAGUUUUUUUAAAAAUGAGGACAAUAGUGUAGGUCAGUUCCAAACGACUCAAAGCAUCUGCAUCAGCCUUCCCUGGUCCAGAUGCCCUCUUCCCGAGGAGGCUGAGACCGCAGCUAGAGUAUUUGUGUUGUGUAUGCACUUGCUUGCUGCCUUUAGAUCCAGGUAGAAUAUCUACCCUGCAUUGUACAUUUCUUUCCAUUGCUCAGAAACAUACCCUGCUUAGGACUUUCCACCCCAAAAGCAUUUGCUGCGUUUUUCCUCCCCCUUCUACUCUUCCACUUCCCUUUGCUGCUCACCCCUUCUGACACCAGUGCGGUGGAAGGAAACAAAACCUCACAUGCUGAGCUCUGGUUCUCUAAACUUUAUUGCUUCAGUUUUCAAUAACAAAUGAAGCAUUUACACCACCCUUAAUCUCCAUGUCCAUGCACAGGCACGUAACUGAAUGGGAUGGUCAUCAUUUUGUGGGAAGAAUAUUCUUCCCAAAAGGUUUUAGGUGCUAAUGGACAGUGGUGAAGGGUUAUAUAAAAUGCUGCAUGGAGGGAUUCUGUUAACGUAAAAAUCUUUGCUGUCCUUAUGAGAGCACUAAGAGGCAUUACUUACUGCCAGCAUCAUCCUCCUCGUCGCAGCGGGCCAAGAUUAGGGGAAAAGGUAGUAACAUGCAGAAAAAAUUGAGGGAGCAAAGAGUUUACAAAUGAAUUCUUCCCUGUCACCAAACCAGAGCCGAGGUGGAGUGUAACAACUGUUAAGAGAUUGUUAGAGGCUUCUUUAGCUUAUAAGAAUGUGGAAAAGCAGGUAAGUGUAAAAGCAAAGGUGGCUAGAAAUAUUUCACCAUUUCCUUAUUUUCUAAUGAUAAAAAUAAAACUACAUUUUAAAAUUUAAAACCAACAACAUUUUCUAACUGUUUCACUGUAAACAUUUUAGGCUUUUUCUUGUGGUAAGUAGAUACACGUCUAUUACGUUUCUACUUCCAAAGUACUAUCUAUUUGUCACUGCUGGUGAUGCUGUGAUUUUGCCCAAACUUUAAAAACCAACCAUGGCAUUUGGGCAAAGACAAGGAAUGCACACGUAAAUGUCUGAAAGGUUAAUUACAUUAAUUCAAAAUUAUUAGUGCUAAACAUCUUGUAUUAUGGUGUCAACAAAAGAACUACUGUAAUAGUUAACAAGUAAUAAAAGGGAAAGUUGGUGUUUUGUUUUCAUGGUUCAAGCAAAGAGAAAAGUAAAAAACCAAGAUCUUGAACGACCUGCUGUAUGUUUUCUUUUUUAAUAAUCUACAAUAUUUUGUAGUUGCAAAGACAAACGUUAUAUAGUUUACUGCUUAUAAUGUCCCCUUUUAACACUGCAUGCUAAGUCGAAAAGAGAGGGUGGAAAACACAAUUAUUUUCUAGUACUAGGAAUUAUUCCCCAUCGAUGCAGUUAAAAAUCUCUAUAACAGAAUUUUGAUACUCACUGCCUGCAAUUUGCUGUUCUUUGCAGCACAUCCUAAAUUCUGUAGUGAGACAAAAUAUGAAUGAAAUUUGAAUGCCAGAACUUCAGAAUUCAGCACUCUAUCCAAGUGUUCUUUAUGAACAUAUAUAGUAUGAAUAUUCAUACUCUCUUUUACUUUCAAGAAUAAGAUCUUGUCCCAAAACCAUGAAAUUGUCUUAAAAAUGACAAGAUCAGUAUUUUAAGUUGCAAGGUAUGUGUCUUCCCCCUUGGGGAAAGCCUGUAGGGUGGAAAUUUGCGGACUCCCCUUAGCAGUCACAGGUGUUACAAGUUAAGGUUUUAGUAUAAUCAAAUGAUUUUGAGACCAUCACCAAAAAUGUUAGGUACAGUGAGAUACAAGAUUUGAUGGUACUAUAGUAUCCUUGUACUUCCUAUUUAGCAGAUAGUCUCUAAAAAAUGGCUAGCUCUUUCAUUUGGUAUUUGCAGUGGGAAUAUCAUGGUGGUUUCUACUGACGUACCUCUUCAUUUCCCAGAUACCACUUUGUAUGAUGGCAAGAAGCAGAUUAUUUUAGUUCAAGUGCAAUAUUCUGCACAGAAUUUUGUACUUGUGCUUUAAAGUAGCAGUGUGUUCAAAUCAUCAUCAUAAUAAUUAGCAGGGUUUACCUCUUCUUAAUUACUGGCUCAAAGUCCAGCUUCUUUCCUCUCUGAAGUAGAUGUACUUUGCAGACGUUAGAUGGCCAUCGGGGGUUUGGUUCCACAAGGAUUUUACACUUACCAAUUUUUAAGCAGAUUGUGCUGGAGGUUCGGUUGUCAUUUCAUUUCAAUAAAUGUGUUUUAAAAAGCAGAGGCAGAUGGUUGAAAUCUUAGUUAGAAGGUUGUUUUUUAAACUGCAGUACACAAACAAUCACUUUAGGGUUAAUAAUUUGCUCUGUUCUUUACCAGACUCAGUAAAAAUCUUGCUUUGAAAAGGUUUUUGUCUCAGAUAAAGGGAUAGACAAGCAGACAGAUGGCAUAAUGCAAGGAAAAUCCAGAGUGGGAAUAAAUUAAUAAAUGGAUUUGUCAGUGAGCUGCAUAAAUUACGUUAUGCACCUUUUUGUAUAGCUUAGGAAUUUACAGUUCACGAAAUGUAGUUUUUCAUAAAACAUGAAAUCUUGCGGCACAGUUUCGGGGUACUGCAUUUUUUCUUUUCCUUCACUGUCAGACUUGUUCCUGCCUGUACUUUCAAAACUACUUUACAACCCUUUCAAGAACAGUUUCACAUCACAGGGUGAAUCUGAGGCUCAAAGAGCCCUGGAAGAGGUCACCUUUUUAAAAAUUCACGGCAGUUAGGCACUUGUGUGUGACAGCAAUCUGAAUUCCAAGUAGCAUGAUCACCCUGACAAGGAGAGCAUUCAGGGGAAGAGCAGCCUUGGCCAGCUCUCGACUGACCUUACUUAGGUUAUCCAAACUGUUUAAACCUGUUUGGCUAACUGAUUAAGGAAUGAAACUAAUACACCAGCAUUAUCAGUUCCAUGAUGCAAAUGAAAUAGCAAGGGCAAGAUUUUCACACUUACCUAGUGGAGUUUUCAUGCUGCCCUUAAUGUACCUAAAGCAGGGUUACUUUUCAGGUGGUAGAGGUGCUCAGUUCUCAUAGGGACCCAUCUUCUCACCAGCCAGCCUAUCAAAUGAUGCCUGCUAGACUUCAAAGAAAGGAUAAAUCCCAAAUCACUAGUAAUUCUUAGCGUGACAUUAGCCUUUUAUUCUACAACUGUUACAAAUGUGCUGUACAGCUUACUGCAUAGAUAGCCAACUGCAGAAUUAAUGCUUAAUAUUUUCACUGUUUUCACACAGGUUCAUGAUGCUAUAUCAGCAGCUCGUAUUUGUCUUUGGAGUAUCACUAGCUAGUGACACAUGGGCACUUAGAAGCUGUUACUCAGAAGCCCAAGUCUCCCUAUAUUACUUCUGCAACCUCACAGAUAUUCCACUUGUGCCAAAGGACACGGUGAAGCUUUUGCUGACUUACAACUAUAUCAGCCAAGUGACUGCAACUUCGUUUCCACUGCUGGAGCACUUGUUGGUGUUGGAAAUCGGAACGCAGUAUGUCUAUCCUGUUACCAUAGGAAAAGGAGCUUUCAAGAACCUGCCAAGACUUCGUGUCUUAGACUUGGGAUUCAACAGGAUUCUUCAACUGGAUCUUGAUGCUUUUGUGGGCUUGCCAAGUCUGACUGUUCUCCGUCUGUUUCAGAACUACCUAGGAGAUUCCAUCCUGGAGGAACGUUACUUUCAAGAUUUAACCUCAUUAGAAGAACUGGAUCUAUCAGGGAACCAAAUUACAAAACUUCAGCCUCAUCCUUUAUUUUAUAACCUAACCGUCUUGAAAACUGUGAACCUGAAAUUCAACAAGAUAUCCAACCUGUGUGAAAGCAAUCUUACCAGCUUCCGAGGGAAACGCUUUUUAUUUUUUAGCCUCAGUUCUAAUAAUUUGUACAUGACAGAUGAAAUGGUCUGGGCCAAAUGCCCAAAUCCUUUCAAAAAUAUUACGUUUAACUCACUAGACCUUAGUAACAAUGGCUGGAGCACAGAGAAAGUCCGCUAUUUCUGUACAGCCAUUCAAGGGACUCAAAUUGAUUCUUUAAUAUUUAGGUCUCAUACAAUGGGUUCAGGAUUUGGCUUUAAUAACAUUAAAAAUCCAGAUAAUGAUACAUUUGCAGGACUAGCAAGAAGUGAUCUUCGCUUGCUUGAUAUUUCAAAUGGUUACAUUUUCUCUCUCAAUUCUUUAAUCUUUCAAAGCCUUGGUAAUCUGGAAUUGCUAAACCUUUUCAAAAACAAAAUAAAUCAAAUCCAAAGGCAAGCAUUUUUUGGCUUGGGAGACCUAAAAAUUCUCAAUCUGUCAAGUAAUCUUUUAGGUGAGUUGUAUGAUUAUACUUUUGAAGGUCUACAUAGUGUCAUGUAUAUUGAUUUACAGCAAAAUCAUAUUGGGAUGAUUGGUGAAAAAUCAUUCCGUAACUUACUAAGUCUGAAAACGAUUGAUCUCCGAGACAACGCCAUUAAAAAACUCCCUUCCUUUCCACAUCUGACCGCUGCUUUUUUAGGUGACAAUAAGCUAAUGUCUAUAGCUGACACAGCAAUAGUAGCAACUUACCUUGAAUUAGAAAGAAAUUGGUUGGCAAACCUGGGUGACCUAUAUAUUCUUUUCCAAGUUCCAGAUGUGCAGUAUAUCUUCUUAAAACAGAAUCGCUUCUCUUACUGUGUGAAAAGCGAUAAUGUUAUAGAAAACAAUCAGUUAAUCUAUAUGGAUCUAGGUGAAAAUAUGUUACAGCUUGUGUGGGAGAGAGAUUUAUGUUUGGACGUGUUCAGGGCACUGUCCAAACUGCAGGUUCUACAUCUGAAUAACAACUACCUUAGUGCUCUUCCACAGGAGAUUUUCAGAGGUCUAAAAUCUCUAAAAAGACUUAAUCUAGCUUCCAACCUACUGUCUCAUCUUUCUUCUGGGCUUUUUCCACCAAGCCUAACAAACCUAAACUUAUCUGGAAACCAGCUUUUUUCCCCUGAGCCUGAAGUCUUUAUGACUUUGAAUAUUCUGGAUAUAACACAUAAUAAUUAUGUCUGUGAUUGUACUUUAAAGAGCCUACUAGCGUGGCUAAAUGAAACCAACGUAACCCUGGCUGGCUCACAAUCUGACAGGUACUGUGCAUACCCACCUGCAUUUGCAGGAGUACCACUGUCAUCUCUGACAUACGAUGGUUGCAAUGAAGAUGAACUCCAGCAGACACUCAGGUUCUCAGUGUUUAUCUUCACCUCCAUCACUCUUCUAGCGUUGCUGAUGGCAGUCACCAUUUACACUCGCUGUCGGGGGAUUUGUUUUGUCUGGUAUAAAACUAUUACCAAAAAAAUUAUAGACAGCUAUCCACAAGUAGUAGAUAAAAGUGGAUACAGAUAUGAUGCGUAUUUGUGCUACAGCAAAAAUGACUUUGAAUGGGUCCAGAAUUCUUUGCUAAAGCACCUGGAUUCACAGUAUUUUGAUAAAAACAGAUUUACCUUGUGCUUUGAGGAAAGAGAUUUCUUGCCCGGGGAAGAACACAUCAACAAUAUUCGUGAUGCCAUUUGGAACAGCAGGAAAACAAUUUGCAUUGUGACCAGGCAGUUUCUCAAAGAUGGGUGGUGUGUGGAAGCCUUUAAUUUUGCCCAGAGCAGGUACUUCUGUGAUCUGAAAGAUGUCCUCAUUAUGGUAGUGGUUGGGUCACUUUCUCAGUAUCAACUGAUGAAACACAAACCAAUUCGAAACUUCUUACAAAGAGGUCGGUAUUUGCGAUGGCCUGAAGAUUAUCAAGAUGUAGACUGGUUUUUAAAUAACCUUUCUUGCCAAAUUCUGAAGGAAAAAAAAGUGCGAAGGAAAGCUGGUGAUACAGAGCUGCAGACUGUAGCAACCCUCUCACAUUGAUGGUGUAUGGGUUGCUGGCUUUCCAAAUAUCCCAUUUCCAGCUGUGCCAUGGCAGGAAUAAACAGAAGUUUGCUUCAUCUUUCCUUGAAAAAGCAGGCAGAAAGAUAACUAUUUCAGUAUAAAUCCUACUAAACAUGGAAACAGCCUGAAAGCGACCAGCAAAUACAUGAAAGUCUGAUUAUUUUAUGGACUAUGACACACAUUUUCAGAAUUACAUGAAUCACAGAUGCUUCACAUUUUGGAUGCUCAGCUUCAGACAUUUCAGUCCUGAUUUUCAGAGUACUACUUACUUACAGGUCUCUUUCAGUUAGAGGAUGCCCAUGGCUGUUUUUUUAAAAAGACCCCACGGUACCGUAUGGGAGUGACCAAGUCUACGUUCAUGUAUGGCCUAGCCUGACCCAUCAGUUCAUGGGUUAUUUACUCCUGUGCUUUUUGCACUCUGUAACUUUUCAUGCCCUGGUUCGAAGCACAAUCAGUGCUUUGCACCUUUAUGCUUUCAUUUGGUGUAACAGAGAUUUCAUUUGUUUGCUUUCUACUCAAUGAGCCUCAGCUUCUCCACUGGAAAGUACAAACUCUGAACUUCAUCCCCUUACCCUCUACAACUUCUCUGCUUGGUGGUAAAACUACGGUCAUUGAUCUACUUCAUUUACUGCUGUUUCAGCCUGGUGCUUUUCCAGUUGAGCUGCCUCCUGCCCUGCAGAGAGGAACAAGUAUCCUCGUCAGACCUGAAGCAAACUUGGACUUGAAAAGCAAACAAGAAACUACCUCAGCAGCCACGUGGGCUGGACACUGGUGAUGUGGCCAUAGCCCAGUGACUGCCAGAUAAGCUUUCACAUUCCGGGAGUGGAAAGUACAGACAGCGGGUUGUUCUCUGUAAAUCCUGUCCCCUGAUCAGUUCUGGGAUAUUUUUCUGCUUCUACUGAAAUAUUUUUCUAGAGUGAUUAAUGCUUUUACCUCUCUAAUAAUUUUACCACUGUUUGUUCAGGUAUGUGUCUUCAGGGGGUUGUUCAGGAUCAUUUUAAUAGAAGUCUGAUUGAGUGUUCAUUGUUAUAAAAACCUGCAUCUAUUAUUUUGAUGGUGACAUACUCCUCGAGCAUACGUACUGUUGGCAUCUUGGUUUAUACAUUUAUUCAACAAAAGCUUACCAAAUUAAUCACAGUAUGGUCUCAGUCAAUUUCUUGCUUUAAUGACAGAGCAGGACUGGGAGGUUUUAUAAGCUGUCUGUCUUGACCUUAGCUGCAAACAAAUAACACCAGCUUAACUAUUUUGACAGAGAUGAGAAAGUACAAUCCACUUCGUGUGGAUGCAGUUGUUUGAAUAUAGAUGUACGUGCCUGUGGCUGAUCUAAUUUACUCGCAGUGCACCAGUAUACAGGAUUUCUAUUGAUAAAAUUACCACGGUAAAAUAUUACUUCCUUCUCAAUCAGCGUAGUCACUCAGGAACAGAAAAGGGGUAAGCCUUGGAAAACUUCCCAGGCAGCACGGGGAGCAGAUGGGAAGAGGGACUGACUGUGCUGAUGAAGCCCUGGGUGUCGCUGUUGGCCCAGGGACUAGCUCGGGCUUCCCGAAUUCCUGCCUCCCAUCCCCUGCAGCUGCUGCCUUAGGGAAAACGUGCAGCAGGGAUGGAGGUCUGAAAGAACCAGCAGCCCUGGUUUCCCAGAGCCCCCGUGGGCUGUCAGAAAAGCCACCACCUGCAUUCCAACUCUCUGCAUUUCUUACAGUUCUCUGAAAAUGUCCAAACUUUUCCCUUUUUUUCUCCCCAACCAGUGCAAAGAGUUAUAAUCGUCCUUUAAAGUCAGAGGUUACAUCAGGGAGUAUUGCACAUAAACCCCAGACAGAUAGACAAAGCAGGAACGAAUCCGUACAAUGAAGACCACGUGCAGGUCUAGGCUGUCAGCCUAUGGAUCUGCACAUGGUGUAAGAGAUGGGAAUUUUAAAAGCAUACUUAAAUUAUAUUUUAAAGGAUGUCACAAACCAUUUUUGGUCAAGUGUUAAUUGAGAGCCCUCUCCAGUUACGACUUUAUUGUAUACUUACAAGGCACUCCUAUCACUUCAGAUACUUAAAACUUUUUCCUGCUAACCUAUGUAUGCAGGAACAACAAGUCGAUACAGACAUUACUGGGAUGGCUUUAACCAAAACCGUUCUAUUUUGUUUUAAACGUGUCUGCCUUCAUAAGCUUUGGGCUUAUGCCACUGGUGGGAGGUGGCUACAUAAAACUUGCAUUUUCUUCAGCCUUUGGAAAGUCUGACUUUUUACAUAAAAGUUUUAAUAAAACCUUUGGAUGCAA